AUUAAUGGAAACUAUUCACCCAUAAACCUAACCUUCCUGAAAGAAGCUGGCAGUACAGUUGUUGUGGAUUACUUAUGACUGUAACUCCAAAAACUGUGCUAAAUUUUCUAGCAGCAGAAUAAAGCUCCUGUUCUCAAGCUGUUUUAUGUUUGAAUCCCCAAGAAAAUAAUACACUAAAGCUUUUUGAUUUGACAUCAAUAAUAAAAUUACAAGCCAUUUUAAUCUAGUGUAAAAUCUAGUUGACUCCAGAGAAGAGACAGAAAUAAAAUACUUGCCUAUAUUAUCACACUUGCAAGGUAUUUUGUAGAAAUACUGACUGGACUUUCUAGGCUGAGAAAAAGAAUAGGCUCAUUUUUCACUUCCUAUUGGAAAAAGAAUUAAUAUUGUUACUUUUUUUACACGCUAAUAUCUUUAUCAUGAACUGCUCCCAUUUCUUAUUGUCAUGCCCAGUAAGCCUUAUCUAUGGGGAAAGAGCAAAGAGCAAAGGUAGACUCAUUUUGGAGUGAAACCCAGAGAUAAAACAGCAAGGUGGCUUCUGAAAGGCUUCACUUGAUUGUAAUCUAAUUAUAAGGAUAUUUAACUGUUACUACUCACAAGCAUGACUGCUCCGUUGGAAAUUGUUGGUUUUCUUUUGUGCUUGGGUGGGUUGGCAGUUAUUGGAGCUACUUUGCCAAAUAAUUACUGGAAAGUCUCCAGUAUACAUGGUUCUGUCAUCACAACAUCUACGUUGUUUGAAAACCUGUGGAAGAGCUGUGCAGAAGACAGCACUGGAGUAUCCAACUGCAGGGAAUUUGACUCUAUGCUUGCACUGCCUGCUCACAUUCAGGCAUGCCGUGCCCUGAUGAUUACUUCCAUCCUUCUGGGAUUCUUGGCUACAGUACUCUCACUGCUUGGUUUGAAGUGCACAAACAUUGGGUUGAGUGAUGAAGAUGGAAAAAUGAAGUUUGCCGUCACAGGCGGAUUUCUUUUUAUUUUAGGAGGUCUCUGCUCCAUGGUGGCUGUUUCUUGGUAUGCUGCAAUGGUUACUGCUCAGUUUUUUAACCAACUGUACGCUGGAACCAAGUAUGAGCUAGGAGAAGCUCUGUACUUAGGCUGGGCUGGAUCUGUUCUUUAUAUACUUGGUGGGAUCUUACUGACCUGUUCAUGCAAAGGGAAGGAAAAAGAGAAUUACAGUCCCAACAAAUAUGCAUAUUCAGCAGCCCAGGCAGCUUCUCAGCCACGCAUGUACCCCAGGAACUCUGAGACGGUCAUAAGCAACAAGGAGUAUGUCUGAGCUUACACUCUGCAUCACCUGUAGUGUUAGUGGCUUGUGAACUGCUUCUUUGUUCUGGUUCCAAGUUAAAAUCCUAUGCCUUACUUUGGAGCAGUACAAGGAGGAGGUAUGGUUUUUGCUGUAAAUAGGAAUGGUUUUCAGAUGUAAAUAGCUUUCUACAGAAGAUGCUGUGAUGUGAAAUCCUGUGGCAUGAAGGUUUUCUGUGUGCUGAGAAGCCUGGUAAAAUUUAACCAGAGCACAGUAUACGCUGACACUCAAGAGCAAUGGUUUCUAUUUCAGCUGACUCAACCAUGUGGAACUGAUAGCUAUAUCUGACUGCAAGUUCAUAUGCCUCACAGUUAGAAAUGUGUUUUCAUUAAUAUUUAGCUUCCUUCUUUUGUUUAGCAGCUUUAGUUUUGACAAGAAAUAAACUUUGUUCCACAGA